AUGUCUCCGAGAGAAAAGGGGCUCCCGACCAAAGACAGCGUCAGCCUGCUGCCCUGCUUCUAUUUUGUUGAGCUGCCCAUCCUGGUGUCUUCUGUGGUGAGCUUGUACUUCUUGGAGUGGACGGAUGUUUUCAAGCCGGUCAAGUCUGGCUUCAACUGCCAUGACCGCAGCCUGAGCCUGCCCUACAUCGACCCCAACCACGAGGUCAUCCCCCUGCUGAUGCUGCUCAGCCUGGCCUUCGCAGUUCCCGCCAUCACGAUCAUGAUAGGUGAGGGCAUCCUGUUCUGCUGCGUGUCUCGGAGGAGGGGCGGGACAAGGUCCGAGGCCAACAUCAACGCUGCCGGCUGCAACUUCAACUCCUUCAUACGCAGAGCCGUGCGCUUCGUUGGGGUCCACGCGUUCGGCCUGUGUGCCACGGCCCUCAUCACCGCCAUGCUGCAGCUCAUGACAGGCUACCCCACACCCUACUUCCUCACUGUGUGCAAGCCCAACUACACCACGCUCAAUGUCACCUGCGAGCAGAACCCCUACGUCAUGGACGACAUCUGCGCGGGCUCCGACCCCGCAGCCAUCAACCAGGGCAGAAAAUCCUUUCCGUCACAGCACGCCACCCUAGCGUCCUUUGCAGCGGUCUACGUUUCAAUGUACUUCAACAGCACACUGACUGACUCGUCCAAGCUGCUGAAGCCGCUGUUGGUCUUCUCCUUCAUCAUGUGUGCCAUCAUCUGUGGCCUAACCAGGAUUAUCCAGUACAAGAAUCAUGCCAUCGAUGUCUAUCUGGGCUUCCUGAUCGGAGGGGCAAUAGCCAUCUACCUGGGUUAUUAUGCGGUUGGUAACUUCCAACCGAGUGAGGAGGCCAGCAAAUAUCCCUCUCCCCAGCUCCACCAUCCCUGUUCCUUACCUCACAUCAGCCAGGAGGCCGUCCUCCACCAUCUACAGAUGAAGGCAAGCAUGGCUGGAGAGCUGAGCAUCCCCAUUUCCCACUCAGAGGGCCUCCUCCAUCGUGGCCUCCAGCAGCAGAGACCUGGUAACAUCCUCAAGCGCUCAAGUGCUGAUGUGGAGGUGAUCUCUCCACACAGCCCCCUGAGCAAGGAGUCCAUGGUCACCUUCAGUCACACUCUCCCACGGGUUCAUACUCCCCAGGCCAUAGCUGCAUAUGAUGAGGCAGCAAGACGCCAUGCUGCUACCCUUCACCAUGCCUCGAUGGACUCCAGUCGCUCCAAACAGCUACUGUCUCAGUGGAAAAGCAAAAAUGACAUCCGCAGUCGCUCCCUGCAGGUACCUGACUCCUUCUCUUCCUCUGUCGACUCUUCCUCCGGCCAGUCCUCCCAGCACCCCCAUCACCAUGGGAGCAUGGAGCUCCACUCAAGUGUUGAACCAUCAGCAAUGGGCCUGAAUGGAGGCUUUGACUGUAGCACUUAUGCUUACAUGGCCAAGUUGGCUGCAGGUGCCAGCACCACCCUACCCAGUAACUGCAGCGGGAUAACCGGAGGUGCCAGGAUAGCCAUGCAGUCUCGACCGGGAUCUUCACAGCUGGUCUAUAUACCAGAGGAAGUACAUGAGAACUACAGUAACACAUCCCCAAGGACUGUAGGAGGAGGAGGAGGGGGAAGUGAGGGAGGAGGCAGAGAGGGGUUGACAACAGGUAACAGUGCAGCACAGGCAAACUGGCAAAGAGCAGCGGAAAAGACAGCAGCCUGUAGGACUAAUGAAAGUGGGCCAAACGGCCAGCCACGAAUCAUGCAGGUCAUAGCUAUGUCCAAGCAGCAGGGUCUCCUGCAGACCCACUCCAAAAGCCUUGAUGAGAGCAGUAUGGGCUGCAGCAUAGCUGGAAGCUACCAGGGCUCUGCUCGCUACAGGGCACUUGACCAAGAUCCUAGCAGCACCGCCGGGCCCAGCUCGCUGGGGAGCACCACAGGCAGUAUUUCGGGGAGCACUGGAGCAAUCGUUAGAGUCGAGGCCCAUCCUGAAAACAACAGGCCAGUGAUCCAAGCCCCAUCCACAGAUGGGAGUGGGUCAUGGAGGUGGCGGUCACUGGAUCAUGGCACCGGAAACUGUGGGGUCGGAGGGGGAGGUGGUGGAGGAGGAAUUCUGAGGCAGUCAUUUGAGCUCAACGAUCUCAAUAGGGACUCUGAAAGCUCCGAGUCAAUUCGCGAGGGCUCCAUUGAUAGGAAGCACACAAAUCAUGUCAUCCCCACCGCUGUUACCAUGACUUCCACCAUUACAACUCCACCCAUUGUUACGGUGCAUACCCAGAGCAGCGGCCAAGGAGAACAGAGGCUGCCCCCCCAGGGUUUCUCCACCAUCCGGGUGACUCCCGGGGAUGGCGGCAACUGUGGAUCUGCAGGAGGUGGAGGGGCCGGAGGUGUGGAAGCCACCUCAGAGGCUCCUUCAGUAGCCUCCAGCCGGGACUCCACUCUGCGGCGGAAAGGGAAUAACCUGAUUCUGAUCCCAGAAAGAGCCAACAGUCCAGAUAAUACCCGGAAUAUUUUCUACAAAGGAACCUCCCUAACACCUGCUUUUAAGGAAUAA